AAGAUCAUGGCAGAGUCAUUACUUCUCCCUUUGGUGCGCGGUGUGGCCGGCAAAGCCGCAGACACAUUGGUCGAGACUGUGACCCAGAUGUGUGGCCUUGACAAUGACCGCAGAACGCUAGAGCGCCAGCUGCUAGCCGUUGAGUGCAAGCUGGCCCAUGCUGAGGAGUGGAGCGAGACAAAUAGCUAUGUCAAGAGUUGGAUGAAGGAGCUCAAGUCCGUAGCCUACGAGGCUGACGACGUGCUGGACGACUUCCAGUACGAGGCACUGCGCCGCAAGUCUAAGAUUGGCAAGUCCACUACCCACAAGGUACUCGGCUACAUCACGGACCGCAGCCCGCUGCGCUUCCGUUUUGAAAUGAGCAAGAAACUCAAGACCGUCCUUGCGAAGAUCAACAAGUUGGUUGAGGAGAUGAACAAGUUUGGCCUGGAGAAUUCUGUUAGUAGGGUGGAGCGGCAACAUCCUUGCCGGCAGACGCACUCAAAACUGGAUUGGUCUACCAAGAUCUUUGGAAGAGAUGAUGAUAAGGAGGAGGUGGUGAAGUUGCUGCUGGAACAGCAAGAUCAGCAGCAGGUGCAGGUGCUGCCCAUAUUUGGGAUGGGAGGUCUUGGCAAGACGACUCUUGCUAAGAUGGUGUACAAUGACCAACGGGUCCAACAACAUUUCCAGUUGAACAUGUGGCACUGUGUGUCGGACAACUUUGAUGCCAUUGUUCUUGUGAAAUCCGUUAUUGAAUUGGCUACGAAUGGAAGUUGCAACCUACCUAACAACAUCGAAUUAUUGCAAAAGCGGCUUGAGGAAGUCAUUGGCCAAAAAAGGUUUAUGCUCGUGCUUGAUGAUGUGUGGAAUGAAGAUGAGAGGAAGUGGGAGGAUGCUUUGAAGCAUCUUUUGUGUUCUAUUGGUGGACUAGGAAGCGUAAUAGUCGUCACAACUCGAAGCCAAAAAGUGGCCUCCAUAAUGCAGACCCUUCGACCGCAUGAUCUAGCAUUUCUAAGUGAACAAGAUUCAUGGGAAAUGUUUGCACAAAAAGCAUAUAGCAACAGUGUAGAGGAAGAGCAAGCAGAGUUAGUCACCAUCGGAAGGCGUAUAGUCAACAAAUGUGGGGGGUUGCCUCUUGCUCUCAAGACAAUGGGUGGAUUGCUGAGUUCGAAGCAACAAGUACAUGAAUGGAAGGCCAUCGAAGAAAGUAACAUUGGGGAUAAUGAUAGAGGCAAAUACGAGGUCAUGCUCGUACUGAAGUUAAGCUAUAGACACCUAUCAUCUGAAAUGAAACGAUGUUUUGCAUUUUGUGCAAUUUUUCCCAAGGAUUAUGAGAUGCAGAAGGAUAUGUUGAUCCAACUAUGGAUGGCAAAUGGUUUCUUUCAAGAAGAGGGAACCAUAGUAUUAAGACAGAAAGGAGAAAUCAUUUUUGAUGAGUUGGUUUGGAGGUCCUUCCUCCAAGAUAAGAAAGUGGUACUCAAAUCUAUUGUCUAUGGCGAUAACCAAAAAUACGAGACAAUAGUAUGUAAAAUGCAUGACUUAAUGCAUGAUCUAGCAAAAGAUGUCACAGAUGAAUGUGCAAGUAUAGAAGUACUGACUCGGAAGAAAGCAUUGUUAAAAGAUGUUUGUCACAUGCAAAUGUCAAAGUAUGACUUGGAACGAAUAAGUGGGUUACACAAAGGCAGAACAUACCUCCGUACUUUGUUAGCUCCUUCAGAAUCAAGCGAUGAUUAUUAUUUUUAUCAUUAUUUUAAGUCACACAAGGAUUUUGAAGAGAUGCUACAAGUAUCAACAUCACUAAGAGCAUUGAAUUGCUCCACUUCUCCAGUAGCCAUUUGCAAGGCCAUAAAUGCGAAACAUUUACGAUAUCUUGACCUCUCUGGGUCUAACAUUGUUUUGUUGCCAGAUUCAAUAUGCUUGUUGUAUAACUUGCAAACAUUGAGGCUCAUACAUUGCCAGAAGCUGCGGCGGUUACCAGAAGACAUGGCAAGACUGAGAAAGCUCAUCCAUCUUUAUCUUUCUGGUUGUGAUCAUCUCGAAAGUAUGUCUCCAAACUUUGGUCUACUGAACAACCUUUACAUAUUAACAACAUUUGUUGUGGAUACUGGAGAUGGCCUUGGAAUAGAGCAGCUCAAAGACAUGCAAAAACUUAUCAAUAGGUUGGAACUAUUGAAUUUGAGCAACAUAAUGAGUGGGGAAAAUGCAAAAGAAGCAAAUCUCAGCCAGAAGCAAAAUCUAAGUGAGUUGAUGUUCUCCUGGGAUCGAGAAAUGAAUGAUGAGCCUACAUGUGUGGAAGAAGUGCUCCAGUGUUUAGAACCUCAUAGUAAUAUCCAAAAGUUGGAGAUACGUGGAUAUGGUGGCCUAGAAAUAUCAGUGUGGAUGAAAAAUCGUCAGAUGUUUAACUGCUUGAGAGAACUUGAAAUGUCCAACUGCCCAAGAUGCAAGAGUAUACCUGUAGUGUGGCACUCAGCCUCUCUAGAGAUUUUGUCCUUACAGAAGAUGGAUAACUUGAUCACAUUAUGUAAUAGUCUUGAUGUGGGAGCUGGAGAACGCGUUACCGCUCUGCAAAUUUUCCCAAAGUUGAAGAAGAUGAGGCUGAUUGAGUUACCAAGGCUGGAGAUGUGGGCAGAAAAUAGUGUGGGAGAGCCUAGUGGUAGCUUGGUAAUGUUCCCGAUGCUCGAAGAGGUAACAAUUAACAAUUGCCCAAAGCUUGCAAGUAUUCCAGUAAUCCCUAUUGUUAGUGAGUGCAGAAGAGAUGGAGUUAACAGUACCACAGUCAGUUCAGUUUUUGUGAGGAUCUGUUCGGGAUUUUGGCGACGAUUUCUCGGCAGCUUAACUCUUGGGUCUCCGAAAGACACAACCAUGUUGCCUCUAGACACCCAGCAAAGCCAAAGCCAAAGAUCUCUUGAAAAACUUAAGUGUUUGACUUUGGAAGGCCCCAACAGCUUGGUCAUAGGCUCUGGAUUGUCCAGAUCACACCUUAUGCUUUGGAAAUGCUUUUCUUUUGUGGAAGAGCUGACGAUUGAGGGAUGCAGCAAUCUUGUCCGCUGGCCAACAGAGGAGUUCCGGUGCUUGGUUCGCCUCCACGGUCUGUGUAUCAAAAAUUGUGACAACCUGGAGGGGAACACUUCAUCGUCUAAGGAGGACACCCUUCCACUGUCCCUAGAGGAAUUGCUGAUUUCAUACUGCAGAAGAUUGGUCAAGCUACCUCCAAACCUUGGAAAUCUGGCCAAGCUGAGGGGUCUUUAUGUGUGUGGCUGCAGUAGCCUAAAAGCGCUGCCUGAUGGGAUGUGUGGCCUCGGUUCUCUUAGGCAAUUGAAGAUUUGGGAUUGUCCAGCUAUGGAAGAAUUCCCGCAUGGUCUCCUGGAGCGGUUGCCAGCCCUCGAAUACUUAAGCAUAGAAGACUGCCCGGAGUUGGGACGACGAUGCAGAGAAGGUGGAGAGUAUUUCCACUUGGUCUCUACUGUCCCGCACAAGUGGAUACCGUCAACUUAUUUUUGA